AUGUCAACCAUCUGCGACAGCGCUUACAAAAAAUCAAAUUUAGAAGACAAUGAUCUAACCAAAGAAUUGAAUAAAGUAUUGUGGCUAAACGUCAUGGGGAUGAAUCACGAGCCGGUAAACAUCACAAGACCAAAGGUGGAGAAACGAUCUGCUCCGGCUUAUCUAAUGAAUGUUUACUCAAACGUGGUCACCAAACUGACCCUCAAUUACACAAAUUUCGACUUAACUAGCUACGAUUUAGAAAAAGGAAAAGAAACCAACAUGAUAGUGAGUUAUAACGCUAACAAAAUCCUCCAGCACAGCAUGCAGCGAUUGUGGUACAAUGUUAUCACUAAUGACUCCGAGGAUAGUUACGUAAAAGCUUUAUCUUCCGCAGACUUGAGACUUUACCGCGACAUUUCGCUCGUUUCAGAAGAAUUCCAAGGUCUGCCGUUCAACAUCACUGUUUAUAGGUACAAAAAAGCGAAGCUUAAUUAUAUAAACUCCGUAAUUGUCGAGGCUGAUCAUCAAGGAUGGAUCGUGAUAGAUAUCACCAGUUGCGUUCAAUGGUGGACCGCCUAUCCUGAAGACAAUGAGGGUCUGAAGCUGGCGGUCAACUCGAUGAAGAUAUACAACUUGGUUCAAUACAUCCAGCCCGAAAAUAUUGGAAUCUCUGGGUUUGAUGGAGAACCAGAAAAAUUUGCGUUUGUUGUUGGGUACUACAAAACUACCUUGAACAGACAGGACUUCUUGGGUAGCUUCAGAAACGAAAGAAGUGCCUCGACAGAACUUAAUGUCUGGGAGAGAAAGGUCCUUAAAUACCGGAACAAAUGCUGCCAACUAAGAGGCAUGCGUGUCAACUUCAAUGAAAUCGGGUACAGUGAUUGGAUCAUUGCUCCAGAUGGAGUCGAGGCUAAUGACUGCAUUGGCAGGUGUUUUGGUGAUGUUGACGUAUCGAUACACGCUUCCAUGGAGUCGCUCGUCAAAUUGCAUGGCUUGUCAAAACUGAUGGUGGUCAGGUGCAAACCCAUCAAGUAUUCUCCUGGUAAUAUAUUAUUACUGCUAGGAGAACUACCAAUCUACUGGGGUGAUUCAAAAGAAGCAAUAGACAAUUUAUACAAACUACUGGCAACAAUCGAGCAAAUUCUAAAAAACUUAGAACUUGGACUAUCAGAAGAAGGCGGCCAGGCAAAAUUCACCGAAAGUGAGCGUAAGGACUCCACCAGACUCUGGACUGGGAGAAAAUCUCGCGUUCUAAUCUCAAUAGUAAACUGCGCGUUGAGUGUAAAGAACUUUUCCCUGGCAAUUGAUGUCCUAGAGGACCUUUGCGCCGAGAAUUGGACAGCCGAGCAACUGGAGAUCCUGAAGAGUUCGUGCGGAAGAGUUUACUUAUUUUUAGGCGACGUAGCAGCAGCGGAGAAAAUUUUUGCCGGGAUAAAAGAACUUCGGGACGGGAAUUCGCCGACCAUGAGGGAGCUGAUUGACAGAGGAUUGAUGGCUGUAGCUCAGAACUCUUUUCAGGAUGCGUAUAAUUGCUUCAAGAUCGCUUCAGCUUCUGAUCCGUCGAAUGUCAUGCUGAUUAAUAAUAUGGCAGUAUGUCUGCUGUACAGUGGACAGCUUAAAGCCGCGGUUCAACUGCUCGAAGCCGCGGUUAUGCGAAAUCCUAUCAAGAGUCUUCAAGAAAAUGUUUUGCUGAAUGUCAGUACGCUCUAUGAGCUACAUACUACUCAUUGCAAGCAGUCGAAGCUUCAGUUGUUGAGACAGAUGAAUAGAUACAAGGGUGAUGCUGCUGAUAUUUCGUGUUUGAAAUUGACUUAG